AUGGAUUUGAGAUUAAUUAAAAUAUGGAUUCUAUCAUUUAUCGUUGCACUUGGUUUAAUGCAUCAUUCGAGAACACGAAAGAUGUUUCAUAUUGUUUUCAUAUUAUGUUUAUAUAGUUUAAUUGCUUUACUCGGUUUCAAAGAAUAUGCUAUUCGUAUUAUCGUCUUAUAUGGUUUUAUAAUGAUAAUUUGGACUUUGUAUGAGAGACGCUUAUUAUUCCAAACAUUUAUCAAUCUAUAUUAUAUUCGAAAGGACAAUAAACUUAUUCUGAAAGCAUGGACGCCAAAAUGGAAAGAAGAGUUUCAAAAUGAAAAAGUUCGUUUAAAUAAAAUAAUUUUAUCAAAAUGGAAACAUAUUUUUCACGAAGAACUUUCACCAGAUGGUCUUGUUCAUAUUGGUUCAACUUCGAUCGAAAAUAUUGCAUUAGCUAAACCGUUUCAUGAUGUAGCAAUUGCUAUUACAAGAAAACAUCUUCCUCAGAAUUUUCGUGAAGAUUUAGAGAAAGCUGGAUAUAAAUACGUUGGAGCUGCUCCACAUACAUUAUUCUGUCAAGAUCAUUGGUUUUUUAAUGUAACACCAAUGAAUGAAAUUGGUUCAAAAGGUUAUGGAUUUGAUCUUCAUGUGUUAUUGCCACCGGCUCACCAAUGGCUUCGAGAAAGUCUUAAUUUUUGUCAAUAUUUAACAGAAAAUCCAAUAGACCGAGAUAGAUACUCACGUUUGAAAAGUGAAAUUGCACAAACUGAAACAGAAAUCAACGUGUAUGCGAUCAAAAAGCAGAAGCUUGUACCUACAUUAUUAGAAAGAUCACGACAAUGGGUUAAAACUAGAUGA